AAGAAGAAGAAGAAAGAAAGAAAAAAGGAGAAGGUGCAAAGAGGAAAUCAAGAAAAAUCGUGGGGAGUUUCGUUCGAAGGGAAUCGAGUUCUCGCGGACAAUGAUAUUCGUUAUCGGACUUUGAAGGGAAUAAGUUUUCUCGAAGAAAAAAAAGAAGAGGAAGAAGAAGAAGAAGAAGAAGGAAGAGAAAAAGAAGAAGACGAGAAACGGGAAUGAUUCGCGCGUGUCCAGGAAGAAAAAUGUCGCUUGUCGAGACUUGACUCUCUCCUCUUCGCCUAUGAUACCUAUCUAACGAUCAAGUUUUCUUAUGCGUCUUUCUAGCGAGAAGGAAGAACUUUACUGAAGAUUUCGUCGUCGAGUGCUCUCGAAGAACGAAAACGCGAUGAAGGGAAACGCAAUUUCGAAGGAGAGAAGUUGGAGGAUGAAUCGCGGGGAAUGAGUUUGCGUUUGGCGCCAAGUGUCGCGCGUCUAACCUUUGGUAAACUGUUGACGAGUACGACGAGUGCAAGGAGGACGGAGAGAAAGUCGUCGUCUGGUUGAAACGUUCCGGCUGCUGUUGUUGCUGCUGCUGCUGCCUCUAGAAACUCGUUAUCGUGUUCCAAGUGGAAAGCGAAAGGGCGUCGAUUACGAAUACUUUGACGAAUGUGCAAGAAGAAAAUGACGUUCUGCCUUUUCUUCUACUUUCGUCAAUCUUAACGCCAUCGUUAUAUUCCUCUAUUUUCAUCGAAUAUAAUAUUUCUGUUGGAAGCUGACGGGUGUCUUUGAAGAAUAGAGAGAGAGAGAGAGAGAGAGAGAGGAAGUUGGAAAUCAAGAAAAGUCAGAGCGAAACUCUGAACGAUCAUGCGAGACAAAUUUGCAUUUGGUUCGGGCGUCCCGGACAUGCACGAGACUCUAUCCAACUUUCCGGAACAGUUUGGGGAUGGACCGAGGAAGCCGGAAAUAAAGGCGGAAAUGCCAAAGGAGUCGGAUAGAACCACGGACAACUUGAAGUGCGGCUGGUUUUGGUUCAGGCCAAUUUAUUUGCAGAAAUUCCGGACGGCCAAGUGGGCGCUCUUUUGGUUAUGCUGGGCUGGGGCUAUGCAAGGUAUGGUCGUCAACGGCUUCGUGAACGUCGUGAUAACGACGAUCGAGAGGAGAUUCGGUCUGAGAUCGUCUCAAACUGGAUUGAUCGCCGGUGGAUACGACAUCGCGAGUUUUCUUCUACUCGUGCCGGUCAGUUAUCUCGGUGGUCGUUCGAAGGCAUCGAAACCCAGGUACAUCGGCGUUGGCGUUCUAGUCUUAGGUUUAGGAAGUUUACUCUUCGCGUCGCCUCAUUAUCUGGUCGGUCCCUACAGAGGUGGUCAACAAUCGGAAAACGUAUGUCAAAGGGCGAACAACGCGUCCACCACGCGUUCGGUAUCGUGCAGUGAUAUUAAUGGAGAAGCCGACGAACAGCAGGAACCUUACAGCGGAAUGUACUUAAUCAUUUUUUUGUUGGCCCAACUUUUACACGGCGCCGGAGCAGCGCCAUUUUAUACUCUCGGUGUCACUUACCUGGACGAAAACGUCUCGAAGAAGAUGUCCUCGGUGUAUUUAGGUAUCUAUUACACAAUGGCGGUGAUAGGACCUGCUUUGGGGUACGUGGUCGGUGGGGAACUUUUAAAACUCUAUACAGAUUUUAUCAUCGUCGAUCCAUCCACAAUCGGAUUAACUCCGGAUAGCAACGUUUGGGUAGGCGCAUGGUGGAUAGGUUUUCUGGCAGCUGCAGUUAUUUGCUUUGUUAUCGCGAUACCGCUUCUGGCAUUUCCUCCAGCUUUACCGGGUUCGGAAGAAUUGGCUAAAGAGAGAGUAUCCGAGGCACACGCGAAACCAAACAAAUCCUCGGCUCGUGAACCUGGAGAGGCCUUUUCGAAAAUUCGCGAACUACCACGUGCCAUGACGGAAUUGCUGACCAAUCCUGCGUUCUUCAUGCUAAACUUGGCGGGUGCCAGUGAGGGCUUGCUUAUAGCAGGUUUCGCUGCUUUCCUACCAAAACUGAUCGAAAAUCAAUUUAGCGUCAACGCCAGCUCAGCCGCGUUAUUGAUGGGAUUGGUGACGGUGCCCGCUGGCGGUGGUGGCACGUUCCUCGGUGGUUAUUUGAUAAAACGUUUGAAUUUAUCUUGCUCCGGUAUUUUGAAAUUCUGUCUCUUCUCCACGGCCGCUUGUAUAGUAUUCACCCUCUGUUUUGCACUGAGCUGUCCGAAUUUGAAUUUCGCCGGACUCACCGUACCUUAUCAUUCUCUUACAAAAAAAUCGUUAUCGUUGGAAGACUCUUGCAACAGUGCCUGCGGAUGCUCUAGGUCGGAAUUUAAUCCUAUUUGCGGCAUCGAUGGACUGACUUAUUACUCACCGUGCCACGCUGGAUGUUAUCAGGAAAUAUCGAUGAACGACGUCAAAGUGUACGCGGAUUGCAGUUGCAUUCAGGGUACGGCCAAAAAUUUGACGAUGUUAAAUAGCAACGAGAACGUCACUUACGAAGCCGUAAACACGACCUGCACAAGCACCUGUUCUUAUCUCUGGCUCUUCGUCGUUCUCGCUUUUUGUAACAUGUUCGUAACCUUUCUCUGUACGAUGCCGGCUCUAUCCUCGACCCUCAGAGUCGUACGCGACGAUCAGAGAUCUUUCGCUCUUGGUAUACAAUGGAUAAAGGUUCGAAUUCUCGGCACGAUACCUGCCCCGAUGGUGUUUGGCGCGCUCAUCGACGAAACUUGCAUCCUGUGGCAAGAGAAUUGCGAUGGAAGAGGGGCCUGCCUCGUCUACGACAAUUAUUACAUGAGCAGCUACAUGCUGGCACUGGCUUUUAUCGGCAAAGCCGCCUCCCUCCUUUUCUUUUUCUUAGCCUGGUGGAGUUACAUUCCUCCGGUAAGCAAGACGAUCGGUCCAAAUUCUCGACAGGAAGCCACUGCCGGUGCAAAUAUAUCAUUGGUACCAAACGACGCCUCCAACGAUCUUCAACUAACACCAGCCACGAUCACUCCUAUGAUGGAUGCAUAGAUUAACAUCCGAUGCGAUAUGAGAAGAAUAUCAUCGACAAAUUCGAGCACGCUUGCGUGCAAGCUAAUAAUAAAUGUGAUAACAUUUUCUACGAAACGCGCUGCGAGUUGAUACUUACGAUAAUCUCAAUUCGUAUUUUACGUCGUCUAAGCUCUUAUUUCUUUUAAAAAUCGUUAUUGUCCUCUUUCGAACA